AUGGCCCUCGUGUCGGCUGAUUCCCGCAUCGCAGAACUCCUCACCGAGCUCCAUCAGCUGAUCAAACAAACGCAGGAAGAGCGCUCGCGGAGUGAGCACAACUUGGUGAACAUCCAGAAGACCCACGAGCGGAUGCAGACGGAGAACAAGAUCUCUCCCUAUUACCGGACAAAGCUGCGCGGCCUCUACACAACUGCCAAAGCCGACGCCGAGGCUGAGUGCAACAUCCUCCGGAAGGCCCUGGACAAGAUUGCGGAAAUCAAGUCUCUGUUGGAGGAGCGGCGGAUCGCGGCCAAGAUCGCGGGCCUGUACAACGACGCGGAGCCCCCGCGGAAGACCAUGCGCCGGGGCGUGCUGAUGACCCUGCUGCAGCAGUCGGCCAUGACCCUGCCGCUGUGGAUCGGGAAGCCUGGUGACAAGCCGCCCCCACUCUGCGGGGCCAUCCCGGCCUCCGGGGACUACGUGGCCAAACCUGGAGACAAGGUGGCUGCCCGGGUCAAGGCCGUGGACGGGGACGAGCAGUGGAUCCUGGCCGAGGUGGUCAGUUACAGCCACGCCACCAACAAGUAUGAGGUCGAUGACAUUGAUGAAGAAGGCAAAGAGAGGCACACCCUGAGCCGGCGGCGCAUCAUCCCCCUGCCCCAGUGGAAGGCCAACCCCGAGACGGACCCCGAAGCCUUAUUCCAGAAGGAGCAGCUCGUGCUGGCCCUGUACCCCCAGACCACCUGCUUCUACCGGGCCCUGAUCCACACCCCCCCACAGCGGCCCCAGGAUGACUAUUCGGUCCUGUUUGAAGACACUUCCUAUGCAGAUGGUUACUCCCCUCCCCUCAAUGUGGCCCAGAGGUAUGUGGUGGCUUGUAAGGAGCCCAAGAAAAAGUGA